AAGACCUCUCACAGGCGUUCUAGUUCACUAUAGAGCACUCAUCAUCUACAGAAUAUGUCUUAUUUAGACGCAAGUGCAACAUGUCCGAGCAGCAUAUGGACAACACUGGAGCUGUUCAACUGAGAGCAUCACACAUACAGCAGACAGCAGUAUGCAGUCGAGGUGUUGCCACCCACCCACCAGCCUGGGACAAGAUGCCUCUGACCUGCAGAUGAAGGUGGAUUUCUUCCGUAAACUGGGUUACUCUCCACAGGAGGUGAAGGCUGCUCUGCAGAAGCUUGGCCUGGGCACAGACACCAAUGCAGUAUUGGGCGAGCUGGUUCGUUCGGGGGCUAAGGCCUUGCCCUCCUCUAACUCGGACAGUGACGAUAGUGCCUUCAGUUUGCCGUAUCGUGGAGGAAGCUCUUCAAGGGGACAGGGCUCAAAAGACGUGUCGCUGGAGGCCUCUACUGAGCCAGACAAUAAUCUGAAACCUAUUGUUAUUGAUGGCAGCAAUGUGGCCAUGAGUCAUGGGAACAAGGAAGUAUUUUCAUGCCGAGGAAUUGAGCUGGCAGUCAGCUACUUCCUUGAGCGAGGACACAGGCAUGUUACUGUGUUUGUGCCCUCCUGGAGAAAAGAGCAGCCCAGGCCUGAUGUGCCCAUUUCAGAUCAACACAUUUUAGGAGAGCUGGAGAGAAAGAAGAUUCUUGUGUUUACGCCUUCACGACGGGUAGGAGGAAAGCGUGUGGUGUGCUAUGAUGAUCGCUUCAUUGUCAAGCUAGCUCAUGACCUGGAUGGUGUUAUAGUGUCCAAUGACACAUAUCGCGACCUGCAGAGUGAACGGCCGGAGUGGAAACGUUCCAUUGAAGAGAGAUUGCUAAUGUACUCCUUCGUCAAUGACAAGUUUAUGCCACCUGACGACCCUCUCGGCCGACAUGGACCCAACUUGGAUAAUUUCCUUCGGAAAAAAGCAAUGUUACAAGACCACAAGCGCCAACUCUGUCCAUAUGGGAAAAAGUGCACAUAUGGUAUCAAGUGUAAGUUCUACCACCCAGAGCGCACCAAGCAGUCGCAGCGAUCUCUAGCCGACGAGCUCCGAGAAAAUGCCAAACUAUCUGAAUCUAAAGAGGACAGUCGAGGAACUGGCUCAUUAAGAGGCAUGUACCAAAGAUACGACCCUGGUUUUGGGUCCUGCUCUCCAUCUUUAGAGCAAGAACUGGAGCAGAAGCUCAAUCUGGAAUCUGAGAGAAAUGACAGCAGGGACACCAUGCUCCAUUACUGUGAUGAUAUUUUCUCCAUGAGCAAGUCCUUGCAUCCAGCCACUGACCGGAACAUUCUCCCACCUCCAUUCCCAACAUACGCAUCAUCCAUUUUCAGUUCAGACUCUGGGCUUGGCUCCUUUUCAGAGCCAUCCCAGAGCCUGGAUGAGUUACAUAGGAUGAGACCCAGUCAUCCAUCUAUAUCCAGUAGCUGUGGAAGUUCCUCAAACCAAGCCUUACCUUCAGGUGGCCAGCACUACCACAACAACAUGAGUCCCUUCUCCAACCAUCAGUCCAACUAUAGUGCCUACAGCUCUCUACCUCUGUCCAACCCUGUCCAGCAUUACAGUCUUCCCACUUACAUCCAGCCAAGCGGCUGGUCUUACCCUUGCUAUGUACAAUCGAUGCAGACAUCCAGUUUACCAGAACCUCUCCCCUGUCCAAGCUUCCAUAGGUCUGGCGAUGGUUAUGGAAGCCAACAGCACUCGGGCAUGAAACAGUCCAAUGGUUUCCAAGAGGAACGACAGGAGCUCAGGAAGAAGCUUCAUGCGAUUUUCAACCCACAUCAUGUAGACAAAGUUAUGGAAAUGUUCCCGCAUCUAAAAGAUCCACAGCAGCUGGCUGCAGAAGUUCUCAAGCUGAAGUCCAAAGGAGAGUUCUAUUGAUUCUUUGAAACUUUCCCCAAUUCUUUGGACACUACGUGAAAAGACACUUAAAAAAAAAAAAAUGGAGUCUCUGGCUCUGAUGGUUGGGAGGUUUCAGAAGUGAAGUCUCUUAAACCUAAAUGACUUAUCACAUAGUACAUGUGGUAACUAUGUAUGACUAGUAAGUCAAACGUGUGUCUAGACUUGUUCAUCUAAAAGUUUGAUGCAUAUUACAUCAAUUGUUGCUCUUAACUUGUAGCAAAUGGUACCUCGGCUAAAGAUUUUUUGGUUUGGACAAAAGCUGAAAUUUCAUUUGGGAAUUCUUAAUAUAUUUAUUAGGGUUAUCAAUCGAUUAAAAUUUGUAAUCAAAUUAAUUACAUGGUGUCCCAAUUGAUUAAUCGCAUAUACAAAUAUUUACUGCCCCUCAUAUAACAAUAAUUCAAUAUAUAAUGAUGAAAUAUUUAUACAUAUACAUAUAUGUAUAUAUAAAAUAGAAAAUAUUCAGAUAAUUAAAAUGCAUUACAUUCUUGUGGAGUUAAUCAUUGAGAAGACAGUGUGUCAAAAAGUGGCUUUAGAAUAUGAUGUAUUGUUUACUACCAUAUUAUUGAUCAUAAGUCAAUCAUUGUCAUACAGUUCAAUCCAAUCCAUCCAGAUUUAUUAUGAGGGCUUGUUUAAGGACCGUCAAUUUACACCUGCGUCAGACAUGCUUGUGUAGUGUCUCUGAUGCGUUGCGUCAUAAACAUAAAUGUUUAGGUCACUGUGUCAAGCCUAAUAUCUAAUACUUAGAACACAUCUUAAGAUCUCUUAGUUAGAAUUUGCGCUCCAUCAAGUGUUUUGAAUGCAAGAAUGUAAAACAUGUUUGUGUUGUGCUGCUGGAUAGUUGUUUUGUUCACUGUAUAAACUGCGUGUUGCCCAUUCAGCUGAAGUUUCACUUACUGUCCUCUGGAGAAAACAGGUGGUACUACAAGCUUGCAUUUCUCAGGAAUAUUCCUUAUUACGGUCCGGGGGCAUUGCGAUUAAUUGCGUAUAUGUUUUUAGCGUGUUAUUUUUUAUAAAUCGACAGCCCUAAUAUUUAUAUAUUAAGUAUAGUAAUUGUGGACCAAUCCUGUUUUCAAUGUUCAGAGUAAGUUUGUCAUUUGUAAUCGGGAUACUAAUACUUGUUUAUUAUAAUAAGAAACAAUUGAAAUAGUAAAAAGUGUUCUCACAUCAGUCUUUUCAGUGUAUUGCCUUCAGUUAUAAGGUGUGGGAAUCCCCCAGUGCGUUUUAAUUACUUGGGUCAUCAUGCAUUGAGUGGUUCAGUGUUUGGUAAGUUACUAAAAAAAGUUAUCCACUGCAAAUGACUAAUUACUUGUAAUAAGAUUACUUUACUGAUCACUUCUUUGGUAAAGUAAUCACAUAACUUAUUACUUUACUUUUAAGUUACUUUCUAAAACAUUUUCCACAGAAUUUUGUGUUCAACUAAUUAAAAUAAUAUAUUUGCUCCUUGUGUAUUGUUGCACGCAAGCAGUUUCUCCCUUACAAUGACUCAUUAGCGACUCUUCAAAAACAUAUGAACAUAAUUCAUGUUUUGAAUGCAUUCUACAUAAAAUAAAAAAUAUUGUUUAGAAACUUAACUAGAACUUAAUUGAAAGUCAGUAACUGAUUACAAGAAUUUCAAAUGUUACACUACUUUCUGACUUAAGUAAUAUGAUUUCAAAUUAAUUAGAUUCUACACACAACACUGCAAAGUAUACUCCAAAGUAUAUCAACUAUGUGGUACAUUGCAAUUUCUGUAUCUGUAUUUUAUUGAACCUAGUCCUAAAUUGUAGGUAAAGCUCAACUUCAGUCAGCUUUGUUGUGUUUUUGAGCUUGUUAUAUGUAGUUUAAGGUAUCCAGGUAGCAAUAGUGCAGCGUGUUUGACACUAUUCACCCAGUUUCUUAAAAUGAAUGUUAACAGGAGAUGAGUUCUCAGCACUGCAUUGGCAAAUACAAUGGAAAUAUGUACUUCAGUAAAUAUUAAUUGAAGUAAAUAAAAUAACAAUUGUGUAUUUUUUUCUUUAAUAGACACCUGAUGAUCAACCCUCAAAACACCUCAGUCAAAAUUGAAAAAUAUAUUAAAUACAUAAAAAUGUACUAUUUUUUUGAAAAAUAAUAAAAAUAAUUGAAAACUUUUUCCAUAGCUCUUUAAUCAGAUUGAAACUUUUACUCGUAGGCUACUAUAAAUUAAAUAUAUUCAGCAGACUGCUGCCUGCAAACA